AAACAACAACGGUGUGUGUUGGAACAAGUUCGUUUUAAUGAGAAGUUCUUAUUUUAAUAAGUUUAAUUUUAAUACAUUUGUAAAAUGUGGACUUAACGAGCAUUCCCCGGUUUUAUUUUGAAGGCUGAUUAGCAUGACUUCCGGCCUGAGUGUUGCUAACAGCUAGCUCCGCUGAGCUUCACGUAGAUGACGUAUCCGUUAGCUCCGGUAUAAACACCGGCCCCGGUGGCUCAGCAGCGACCCGCAGUCAGUCAGCCAGGCCGCCCGGGACGGACCACCGACCCGCCCGGAGCCCGAACCAGAACCACCGGACCCUCCCGGACCCUCCCGGACCCUCCCGGACCCUCCAGGCCCGGUCAGAGACACUUUCUGCGGCCACAAACUGUUUGUGAGCUGCGCAGGUCACCGGAGCACCGGCUCGGUGCCUCGUUAACGGUCACUGUUAACGGUGACGUCACGGCUCUGAUCCCGCGUUAUCUGUGGAUGUUAGCGGGAAAAGAAGCAGCAUGAGUUAGUCUGGAGCCUCCGGUGAGGUAACGGGACACACACACACACACACACACACACACACACACUCACACUCACACACACACACACACACACACAGCGACCUGUUGCCGGUAGGAUGACCGGAGCCGUUCUGCUGCUGCUGCUCUGCGGCCGUGCUGCCUUCACUGCCGCCCGGUCCCUGAACGCACCACCGGACGGGGGGCCACCGGACCGACCGACCGAGAGACGGACCUCCGCCGUGACAGUGGUGGACCGGCGGUGGCGUCCCCUGCUGGAGAAGACGCGUCCCUUCGUCCUGGUGGACGGACAGAGGAGGAGCCUCGCUGAAGCUCUACAGGACGGACACCCGGACCGGCUGCAGUGUGGUCUGGAGUUGGGGGGACGUCUGAUCCUGCUGGACCUGGAGAAGAACCACGACCUGCUGCCCAAACCGCCAAACGUCUUCUACUACCUGCCCAACGGCACCGGGGUCUCUGUCAGCUCCCACACUGUGACUCACUGUUUCUACCACGGGAGUGUUCGGGGGUUCCCUCUGUCCCGGGUCGCUCUGAGUACCUGCUCCGGUCUACGCGGCAUCAUCGCCUUCAACGCCACGCUGAGCUACGAGCUGCAGCCGCAGGAGGAGCAGCAGGAGGAGCAGCAGGAGGAGCAGCAGCAGGAGGAGCAGCAGGAGGAGGUGGGAGGAGGAGCAGAGAGCAGGGGAGACGGGAGUGGAGGGAGUGGAGCAGCAGGAGGAGCAGCAGCAGGAGGAGGAGCAGGGGAAGCAGGAGGAGGAGCAGCAGAAGGAGCAGCAGCAGGAGGAGCAGCAGGAGUCCACCUGCUGUGGUCCAGCGGGCCUCCUGGUCCUGGUCCUGGUCCUGGUCCUGGUCCUGGUCCUGGCGCUGCGGGCGGCUGCGGCGUGUCUCACGGCGCCGUGCCGCCCAUCCACAGCACCACACACACACACAGGAGGAAGAGAGACAUCCUGUCUGAGACUAAAUACAUCGAGCUGGUGCUGGUGGUCGACCACCAGGAGUUCCUGAACUACCAGAAGAACAACAAGACCAUCAUCUACCGGAUGCUGGACGUGGCCAACCAGGUGGACUGGUUCUACCGUCCUCUGAACGUGCGCGUGGCGCUGACCGGUCUGGAGAUCUGGAGCGACCGCGACAAGAUCCGCGUGGAGAAAAGUCCCACCGACACGCUCAACGCCUUCCUGGCCUGGAGAACCCGCGAGCUGCUGCCCCGCCUUCGCCACGACAACGCCCAGCUCGUCAUGGGCGGCUCCUUCGACGGCACCACGGUGGGGAUGGCCUCCCAGUCCUCCAUGUGCUCCAGAGACCGCUCAGGGGGGGUCAACGUGGACCACCUGGUCAGCGUGCUGGGCGUGGCCUCCACUGUGGCUCAUGAACUCGGUCACAACCUCGGGAUGAGUCACGACACGGCCGAGCGCCGCUGUUCCUGUCAGAACGAACGCCGGUUGGGAGGAUGUAUCAUGGAACCCUCAACUGGGUUCAUGCCGGGGCAGCAGUUCAGCAGCUGCAGCGCGGCCGACCUGUCCGUCAGCCUGCUGCAUGGAGGAGGGAUGUGUCUGUUCAACGUUCCUCAGCCGGACCGGCUGCUGGGAGGACCUCGCUGUGGGAACCUCUACGUGGAGAAGGGGGAGGAGUGUGACUGUGGCCUGCUGGAGGAGUGUGAGGACCCGUGCUGUAACGCCUCCACCUGUCGACUCGUACCUGGAGCUCAGUGUUCAUCUGACGGGAUCUGCUGCCAGGACUGCAAGCUGCGUUCUGCAGGUUCGGUGUGUCGGGACCCCCUCAGUGAGUGUGACCUCCCUGAGUUCUGUACAGGCUCCUCCCCCUACUGCCCCCCCAACGUCUUCCUGCAGAACGGAGAGCCCUGUGAGGACGGCGCCUCCUACUGCUACGAGGGAGUCUGUGCCAGCAUGCACACCCAGUGCCAGAUCCUCUGGGGACCCAAUGCUACCAGUGCUCCUCCUGUGUGUUUCUCUUCAGUGAACAAACAGGGAAACAAAUAUGGAAACUGUGGUCAGCUGACCAACGGCUCCUACAUCCCCUGUGGAACCCAGGACGUGCACUGCGGUAGGAUCCAGUGUCAGGGUGGGCGGGAGCGCCCCCUGCUGGGCUCCAACGCUGAGAUCCUGACCACCACGGUGCGCUUCAACCACAGCGACCUGGUCUGCAGAGGAACCUUCUUCCACCUGGGGGACGACGUGUCGGACCCCGCCACCGUGGCCCAGGGCACCGCCUGCAGCCCCGGGAGGGCGUGUCUGAACCAGAAGUGUCAGGACGUGUCCGUCUUCGGGGUGGACGAGUGUCGCAGGAAGUGUAACGGACACGGGGUCUGCAACAGCAACAAGAACUGUCACUGCGAGCCGGGACGGGCGCCGCCGGACUGCCGGUACUCAGGACACGGAGGCAGCGUGGACAGUGGACCGGCCCGGGCGGCUGGAGAGUCUGAUCCGGUCCGAGUGUCUCUGCUGGUGAUCUUCCUCUUCGUCCUCCCCGUGGUCCUCCUCUUCCUCGCGCUGCGGUUCCCUCGUCUCCGUCAGAGUCUGAUGUGUCUCGGAGAGGACAGUCCCUCCCACAAACGCCAACACAACCGGACGCCGGUGACGGAGCGAGCCGACGGCAGGAACGGCGAGCAGGUUCGCCCGCUCCGAUACCACCUGAACCCGCCCACCGACAUCCCGCUGACCCCGCCCAGCAAAGAGGUUCAUGACCGACCUGCUCCUCCCACUAAGCCACUCCCCCCUGACCCCGCCUUAAAACCCCCGCCGCAGGUUCCUGUUCCAGCCAAACCUGUGGUGCCCAUCAAGCCUCGCCUGCUGCCGCCGCCGUCACACCCCCACAUCCCGCCCCACCCCGCCUACCCCGCCACCGCCAAACCGCCGCCACGCGCAGCGGUCGCACCUGCAGCCGGUCCCAACAGACGACCUCCUCCUCCUCCCAUUCGACCCACAAACCCUCAGAAAGUCGACACGGGACCGCUUUAACGGACCGAGAGACACUUUAUCUGGAGUUAGAGAUGAAGAAGAGACUUUAUCUGGAGUUUAAAGAUGAAGAAGAGACUUUAUCUGGAGUUUAAAGAUGAAGAAGAGACUUUAUCUGGAGUUAGAGAUGAAGAAGAGACUUUAUCUGGAGUUAGAGAUGAAGAAGAGACUUUAU